AUGGAUUCCACCGAGCUUCACGAUACCCCAGUUGAUGAGACCAUGACUGAUGCCGUCAACAUGGUCGACGAUGGUGACAUUGAGAUCACUCCCAAGACCGAAGAAGAGUACGCCCAGUCUAUGCUGACCCUCCGUGCGAUCGUUUCUUCCAAGGAAGCUGGCGUGAUCAUCGGCAAGGCGGGUAAAAAUGUUGCAGACUUGCGCGACGAAACUGGCGUCAAGGCCGGCGUGAGCAAGGUCGUUCCAGGUGUUCACGACCGAGUCCUGACCGUGACGGGCCCUCUGCAAGGUACCGCUAGGGCCUAUGCUCUAGUAGCCAAGGGUUUGCUAGAAGGUGCCCCGCAAAUGGGUAUGGGUGGCAUCGUGUCUAACAACGGAACCCAUCCGGUUCGCCUUCUAAUCUCCCACAAUCAGAUGGGCACUAUCAUCGGACGGUCCGGCCUGAAAAUCAAGCAUAUCCAGGAUGCGUCCGGUGUGCGGAUGGUUGCCCAGAAGGAAAUGCUUCCCCAGUCUACCGAGCGAAUUGUUGAAGUGCAAGGUACACCCGAGGGUAUCGAGAAAGCUGUCUGGGAAAUCGGAAAAUGCCUCAUCGAUGACUGGCAGCGGGGAACCGGCACCAUUCUCUACAACCCCGCUGUGCGUGCGUCCGUUGGCACUGCUGCGCCAGUGAACCAAAACCUGGGCAAUGGGUACAGCAACCGCCCCUACAACCGUACCGGCAAUGGUGCCGACUUUAGCGACCAGUCCGGUGGCUACAGCAGACGCUCCAACCCCGACACAUCCAACCGUGGUUAUCCCCUUGUCACGGAGGACGGCGAAGAAAUUCAGACGCAGAAUAUCAGCAUUCCGGCCGACAUGGUGGGAUGCAUCAUCGGUAGAGGCGGUAGCAAGAUCACUGAGAUCCGUAGGAGCUCUGGUGCAAGGAUCUCAAUUGCCAAGGCUCCUCACGACGAAACUGGAGAGCGCAUGUUCACGAUCAUGGGCAGCGCCCAGGCGAACGAAAAGGCUCUGUAUCUUCUGUACGAAAACCUCGAAGCCGAGAAGACGCGCCGCAGCCAGCUUCCCCAGGAAUAA